GCAAUGUUUCUACCCGCGCGUCUGGCUCUUUUGAGCCUUCUUUUUUUAACGGUCUCUGGGCAGAAAAACCAGAAAACCAGGAAUGAUCGUCCACAGGGCAGGACUCUGGGUCUACUGACGCCUCUUCUAUUGGGCGGUGGAGGACCCCUCUUCGAUGUUCCCCUGGCGGCAGGACCACCCAUCAGACCUGGUGGAGGAUCAUCUGGCGGCGGUGGAGGAACCCAAUCGGAUCCCCAGGAUUCCUACUACGGCGGUGGUGGUUAUCCUGGUUAUGGAUACAGACCAAAUUAUGGAUAUGGGUAUCCCAGCUAUAACUAUGGAUAUCCGGGUUAUGGUUAUGGUUAUGGUUAUGGCCAGAAUUACUACAGACCCAACUAUUAUAGACCCAACUACUACAACUAUGGAUACCAGAGACCGCAGCCGUAUUAUGGAUAUAGACCGAACUACAGCUCCAUUGGAUCAGCAGCCUCAGUUGGUUAUCCCUCAAAUGGAGGAGGAGGCUAUGGUAGCACCGCUAGCAUCUCAAGCUCUCCCUCCUACAAUCCCGCGACAUCGGGAGUGGGAGUUGGAGCUGGAGCUGGAGCAGGAGCUCUAACUGGUGCUGGUAGCUCCCAGCUUUCGACCGCCCAGCAAGCCCAGUUAGCCGGUAUUUUGGGCCAGGCCCUCGGCAGUAGCCUACGCCCCCUGCUGGCGAAUGGGGGCGGGGCAGCUGGCGCAGCAGGUGCCGGAGCAAAUCCGCAAGCCCUAAGCGGUCUACUCGGUUUGCUCGGCUAA